AUUCUUUGACCAAAACCAAAAGACUUGAGUGAAUAGAAGAAAAACAAGAUCGGGUCUCGUCACGGUCCACGCCGCAGCUUUUUCUUCGUCUUCUUCCAUUAUUCUAUUUCUCUGAGAGAUUCUCUCUGAGUUUCUGAGAUCGAGCGAGAUCAUGGAAGGUGGAGCUGCUCUUUACAAUCCUCGAACUGUUGAAGAAGUUUUCAAGGAUUUCAAAGGUCGUCGUGCUGCCAUUGUCAAAGCUCUCACCACCGAUGUUCAAGAGUUUUACCAACAAUGUGACCCUGAAAAGGAGAAUCUUUGUUUGUAUGGGUUACCGAAUGAAGAAUGGGAAGUGAAUUUACCAGCUGAAGAAGUGCCUCCUGAGCUACCAGAGCCAGCUCUUGGUAUUAACUUUGCUAGAGAUGGGCUCUCUGAAAAAGAAUGGCUUUCUCUUGUUGCUAUUCACAGUGAUGCUUGGUUACUUUCUGUCUCGUUUUACUUUGGCUCAAGGUUUUCUUUCCACAAGGAAGAAAGGAAGCGCUUGUUCAACAUGAUCAAUGAUGUUCCUACUAUAUUUGAAGUAGUGACUGGAAUGGCCAAAGCAAAGGACAAGUCAUCUGCUGCCAAUCAAAACGGAAACAAAUCCAAGUCGAACUCAAAAGUUAGAACUUCAGAGGGCAAAAGCUCAAAGACCAUGCCUCCAAAAGAGGAGGACGAAGGAAUAGAUGAAGAUGAUGAGGAUGACCACGGCGAAACCCUUUGUGGAGCCUGUGGAGACAGUGAUGGUGCUGACGAAUUCUGGAUCUGCUGUGACCUUUGUGAGAAGUGGUUCCAUGGCAAGUGUGUGAAGAUCACUCCAGCUAGAGCUGAGCAUAUCAAACAAUACAAGUGCCCUUCAUGCAGCAACAAAAGAGCCCGAGCUUAAAUGUUCUAUUGUAGUGAAUAGCCUGUAGUGACAACUCUCACUACCCUCUGUCUUUAUUUGGCUAGUCUUAGCGCUUUAUUGGCCAUAACAGCUUGGGCCUAUUUCUCUGUAUAAUUGGUUUGAUUUUGCAACUGAGAGAAAAAAAGGAAACUCUUAACU